AGUUAAGAAUACCAUCAUGAUUCUUUUUAACAUAAUGUAAGGGGAAAUUUCAUUAUGACCAAAUACGUUUGGCACGUCUUUGUACAUAUAUUUGUAGUUUCAUGGCAACAAGGUCAAAAAAAGUUAAUGGACUUUAAAUCAAUGUAAACUCUUAGAAUAGAUAAAUAUAUUACCACUGCCAACAGGAACUAAAACUCCAUGGUCUUCUUAAAUUUUCUGACUCUGCAGGCUGUUGACACCUCUAAAAGUUUUCCCCUUUCCAGUAUGUUGUGGGUGAGAGCACUUCAGUGAUGGCUUAAAUUCUAUGCCAAGUUUAGCACGGUGAAAAAGGCACACAGAUAACGUUGAUAUUGUUGUAAACAUUCCAACACGGUGACAAAUUAGGUCUGCUUCUUGUAAAACUUUACAUUGAUUGUCUACUGAAACCCCUCUCUCAGAACUUCCUAUGCUAAGAUUCAAUUUUCUUAGUUGGCUUGAAAUUCCUUUAUCCCAUUCUGAUAGUCUGACUAGUAGUGUUUCAUUAGGAAAUCUCUGGUAAUAUCCACAAGGGUAAGAAAGAACACAACGAAAAUGUUUUUGUUCUGACGUAACUUCCAUGAAGUUCCCACGUAUUUCACUCUACAAGGACCAGCCUUUUUGUAAAAAUGUUUUAAAAAUGUCUCCACAUUAUGGUUAAGGUAUAUCAAAAAGGUAUAUAAAUCAAUCAGAAGAACAGUAUACAAAAUUAAUCAGGUAAACAAAGCAUCUCCGCACUGAAUGUUGAAAACAUUUAUGUUUUCAUAUUCUAUAGUCUAUUGUGUUCUUUGAUAAACAGAAUAAAGAGAACCAAUUUUUCUUUAAUUUAAUGAAUAAAUUUACACUGAAAUACUUUUUUUAACAACAGCUACAAACUUGUGUUUUUUUAGUCACAUGACAACUGUUGUUAUUCAGACAAGAGUUAAUUUUCUUUGAUUGAUGAGAUAGAAAAGAAAAAAAGAAAUUAAAGAAAAUCUGUAAUAUGCUACAUAUGUUGUUUUUUGAUAUUUUGUAGAGAAAAAAAUCCUCUUCCAGGCGAUAAAAGUAUAUUUAUAUAAAACUCUUGCUCAUGGAAGAUAUUUGCUUUUUUUGUACAGAGGAUUGUGUGGGGGAAUACUGAUAUGGCCCAUAACUUCAUUGUAGCACAAGAAAAAAGCAGCCGUCUUUUAUCAUAAACAAACAUAAUUUUUUCAUCAAAAAUAACCUUACUUUUUUAAACAAAACAUUUCAAGAUAUCCUGUAAUUUAGUGUAUAGCACUUUUUUGAUUUUUUGCAUGGUUCUUAGCUGGGGAGUUACUUAAAAACAUUUUAUCUUUGAAAUAGUUAUUGUUUUUAAUUCCAAUUAUGUAAUCAUCAUCCAAAUGAUUCCAUAACCACAAGUUGAAACACAUAAACCCCUGUCAGUAUACCUGGUAUUACGACUGGCUUUGAAUGACUUUUUGUACAAUUUUUAUUCUAUUCAUUGACGUUUACCUAUAGUUUCUCACCUGUGAGGGUCCCGUCAAUAUCAGACUAUUAACAUCAACAUGUCAGUAUUAACUUCAACCAUGAGUGGUAAUAUUCAGAUGCAGGUAUGUACACAUUCAUGAAAAGCAUGGAUGUGUGACGCUUUACAUUGAGUGUAUGAGUGUCUAUCACGACACAAACCACGAUUAUAUCAGUAAAAUAUGAAGGGGUAUGUUAGGAAGAUAAAUAAAGGUUCCCAAGCGAGUGGUGGUUAUCAAGUUUAUCUAAAUCGAGUUAAUUAAUCUUCAAAUUGUCAAACGACAAAAGAUUGACUGGGUGUCUUUUACAAUUUAAAAAUUAAGUAACGAGAGUUAGAUAAACGUGCUAACUAAUCAGUUUUAGGACCUGUGUCUCCAACAACGUUCGUGUUUUAUCGGAAAACAUGUUUCCUUUGGAAAAUACAUCAUGUGUGUUAACGAUUUCGUCGAAAUGCAUUGUAACGUGACGCCAUAAAUCAAAGAUUGACCAAUAAAAUCACGUCCAGGGUGUUAUCCACAAGUGGGUAACCAAAAAAUGUGUACCAACUCCUAGCAGGUUUAUCUAAUGAGUCAUGAGUGAGGAAUUCUACGGAGGUUGUGGGAGAAAUAACAUCUUGUUGGUGGAAAAGAGGAAGUCAGUCUUAUGUAACCACAUAUUCGGGUAAAUUAAUACUGAAAAAAUAGCUUACAAAACAAAUUAUAUACAAUCAUGUCUAGUCAAUCAACAUCAUUUAUUACGCUGUCAUAAAAAAAACCACUGAAAGUACGUUUUACCUGAAAGCAAAUUAAUGCAUUAAGUAUUACAAGAAUUUUAAUACAAAACAUUUCCUACUGUAUAAAUGGACGGAGAGUCAGGCGGUAUAGCAGGUCGACGAGAUAUCCUUUCAAUUAUCAGUUCCUAAUUUUCAAAUCAUGAACGUAUUACAAUGACAGUACACUAGUAUCAAUGGUAUCAGUACAGUUUUAACUAGUCGGGACUCAUUACAGAAUUAUUGCAAAUACAAUAAACAUGUAUUAUAGUUGUAUUACACAACCAUUUCUGCCAUCAAUCAAUUAUGCUCUAUUUCAUUUAUUCAGCAAAGUUCAACUUCAGGGCUCAGAAAUUGGCUACCCUAUGCUAGAUGUGUGUGUUGACUCUGUGAUAUAGGGACAAUGUAGGUCGGAGUUAUAAUUUUGUGGUAUAUGUUGUCACUUUGUGCUAGAUUUCACGUUGUUGUUGGAAGAUAACUAUAUGGUAUAUGUUGUCACCUUGUGCUUAAGUAUACUGUGUUGUUGCCAGUUGAUAUCGUGGCAUAUGUUGUGACUUUGUACUUAGGUACAUGUAUAUACUGUUGUUUGGAGUUAACGACGUUGUAUAUGUUGUCACUUUGUGUUCAGGUAUACUUUGUUGUUGGGUGUUAACGACGGAUUAUAUAUUGUCACUUUGUGCUAGUGUAAAACACAAUAUGUAGUUGGGAAAUAUCGAUGUGAAAUAUGUUGUCAUUUUGUGGUGUGGUCUUUUUGUCUGUGUUCUUAGACGCUCUGCAAGGUAAUUUGCCUGUUUUAUUUUUGAAUCAUAUAUUCAUAGAAAGAUUAUGUUUUACAUUUUUGCAGCAAUAAUCCUAUUUUUAGAUUACGGUGUUGUAUCCAGCAAUAUCGCUGAAGUUCAUUAUGGGGAAAGAAAGACUUUCUGCCAGUGUCAUUGGUUUCGUGGAAUCACGGUUUGGUUUUACACCAGUCUGCUGAGAAGAUCACUGCGGAGGAAGGACGAUUCUAAAUUGGUGACCAUACAUAGGAAUGAUGUGUAAGACAGCAACAUAUAAUACUUUGGCUACCAAGAUGAAAAUCUACAGUAUUUCAAAACGCCAACGAGUGCAUGUUUUUAUCAUAGUACUUGUCUGCUUUGUUUUAACGAUUGUAAAUGUUUUUUCUCAGGACAAGGAAACAUUUGUUUCAUAUUCUGAAUUUACUUAUCCAAUCGAAAUGGAUUCCAUGGCAAAUCUCAAAGAUUUAAAAACACCGGGAAAAAAAUCUUCUCUCAGAUUUAUUAAUCCACACCCGUUUCAAUACAUUCAUUUUAAAAAGAAAUGCAAUUUUAAGGAGAGUGGGAAAACUUCGCUUUUAAUUCUAGUGAAAUCUACGGUGAACAAUUUUCAUCUACGUGAUGCUAUCCGAGCUACUUGGGGGAAAGCGAUAUGGAAGAACGUGGAAAUUGUUUAUUUGCUCGCUUAUCGCGCAACCCAGCAACCGGAAGUUGAUAAAGAAGCGACUUUACAUGGUGAUAUUGUACAGGAAUCGUUUUUGGAUAGCUACAUGAACAACACUUAUAAAACGAUUAUGGGAUUUAACUGGGCUGUUCAGUUCUGUGGUCAAGCCAGCCAUAUUGUGUUUGUAGACGACGACCAUUAUCUACACAUUCCUAAUAUAUUUAACUUUAUUGACACUCUGGAUAAAUUUAACAGUGAUGACUUGAUGAUUGGGAAUUUAAUAACCAAUGGCGAUCCGGAUAGAUUAAAAUCUUCAAAAUGGUAUGUUUCUUCAGAACAAUAUCCUUUUGAUAAAUGGCCGCCUUAUUUGGCAGGGGCUGUUUACUUGGUCUCACGUGACACAGCAAAUAAAAUGGUGUUGGCGUUUCCGUAUGUAAAAUAUUUAGGAAUUGAUGACGUGUACUUAGGAAUAGUAGCUCGUAAGGUAGGUAUAAGACCUGAACACGAGAAUCGUUUUAUUAUUCCUCCUUAUUUACUAUACACAGAUCCCUCGCAGAUGGUUUAUGGUGAAUUCAAACGUGUAGCAGACUUCGAGUUGGUUAAUCGUUUCCUUAAUGAUUUUUCUGAAAUGAAAAUGUGUGCUUUUUCGUGGAAGUGUCAGUUUGCCUUUUUGCUAUGAAGAGAGUAAUUUUAAUUGCCUGCUUGAUUGAACUGCUGGAAUGAACUGUAGCGUACACAUGUAUCCUAUAAUGCAUAUUAAUCUUUGGCAAUUCGUACUAUGCAAUUCAAUCAACAAAUGCAGUGCCAUCAGUAUGUAUUUACAAUGUACGUUCAAAAAUGGUACUUGGUCAUCCAUAGAAACGUGUUUGUCACAAUUAUUACAAUUGUUUGUAUAUCGAAAAUAAAAACAUAUUGGCGCAACAGAAUUCUUCCCAAAUUAAGUCACACCAUGUUUUAUUCAAUGCUAUUACUCUUUGUUUUUUUAAACAGACUGAUUACCUUCAUGAUGAAUACACAUGUUGGUCGUUUGUACGCUAAGGACUGUUAAAGCUGUUUAGAUUAAUAGGUUCAUAAAGUAGACAAACAAUACAAAUAUUAAUAGAUGUACAUUGUUUUAGAACCAAACUGGUUCGCAGAGGUUGAUCUAAAAGAAGAGACAUUCGUUAAAAAUUAUAAAAAGCAAAAAAAAAACCCACAAGAAUGAAUUAAAUUCGUCGAUAAACGUCAAAGAGAUGUAAGUCAUAUAUUCAUUUCGAAAAAAAGUUAUAAUUGUUUGUCCAAAGCACUUUGUAUCAUAUCAAUACACAGAUUUUAUUCUGACUAUAGGAAUGUUUACAUUUUCUCUGAUGUCAGCUCUAUUAUAUAAAUAAAGGUUGGUUGAUAUUUUUGGUAAUAACAUGAUUUAUGAUUAUUUUUAAAAAAGAACCAAUAGCCUCUAAGAUCAUCUUUACAUCAACGAAUCUGGGGGAAAGGCUGAUAGGAGAGUCAUGAGUGCCUAUCUAUGAUGUCAAAUAAUAAGCAAUUUAGGACUUUUUACUUGAUGAAUAUGCUCUGAUAUUGACCAAAAAGAAAAAAAUAAUGACCGAGGAGAUAGCCGAGGUCGUAUGUUUUCUGUGAUCAAUAUCAAGAGAAUAUUCACCAAGUAAAACGUCCAUAACUGUUUUAAUAUAUAAACAUCAAUGAUAAUCAUAGCUUUCUCAAUUGGAGGAUGAUACGUAACUCCGCCAACAGAGGUUCGUUUCAAAUGUCUUAUACACAUAUGCUAUAAUGAUAUGGGACACAGCACACAUAAACAUACAUGUGUAUGUGUGCUUUGACCAAUAUCAUAGCAUUUGUGUAUGAGACAUUUGUAACGAACUCCUGUGCUCCACCUAAAUCAUGUCGUUUCAACUUGGUCGUGAUGGCUGUCAUUAGGCAAGCUGUCAACGAUGUCAGUAUUGCUAUCGAUUUGUAUUGUCCGGGUUGGGGAGGGUUCUCGAUCAAUCAGAAUUUGUUUAAAAUUGUUUAUAUAAUAAAAGAUUUUAUUUAUGGCAACUUUGUUUUUUCACAUAACUGGACCAUGUAACUAUGCAAUACGACCAUGUCAUGAAUAUGGUAUAACACACGUGUAAUAACACCUUUUACACAUCGUCCUCACAUGGUGCGCACAACUGUGCGUUU